AUGAAAUUUUCCACAGCUUUAUUAUUAUCUUCCCUUUCUUCCGUUGCGCUAUCUGCUCCUGCCCCAGCCAGCGGCCAUCAUGAAGACCAUCACAAGGACGAAAAACCAGCGGUCGUCACUGUCACUCAAUACAUAGAUUACAACGCCGCUGUUACAAGCGUUGAAGCCGCCGCCACGACCACCACAUUGGCUUCUUCCAACAAGGACUCCUCCGAACAGAAGCGUGAUGGUGGAUUUCAAGACGGUACCAUUAAAUGCUCAGACUUCCCUUCUGACAACGGCAUUGUUUCUCUGGAUUGGUUGGGAUUUGGUGGAUGGGCAUCUGUCAUGGACAUGGAUGCUAACACAUCAUCCGAGUGCAAGGACGGGUACUACUGUUCUUACGCUUGUGAGCCUGGUAUGUCAAAGACUCAAUGGCCUUCCAACCAACCAGGCGACGGUAAAUCUGUCGGUGGUCUUUACUGUAAAAACGGCUAUUUGUACCGUACCAACACGGGCGCUAGCGACUUGUGUUCUACGGAUAAAACAUCUGCCAAGGCUGUUAACAAAAAAUCCGAUUCCAUCGCUCUUUGUAGAACUGACUACCCAGGCUCUGAAAACAUGGUCAUCCCCACUCUAGUUGAUGGUGGCGAUUCUCAACCUAUUUCCGUUGUUGACGAAGACACCUAUUAUCAGUGGCAGGGCCAAAAGACAUCAGCUCAAUAUUACGUUAACAACGCCGGUGUCUCUGUGGAAGACGGCUGUAUUUGGGGUACUUCUGGUUCAGACGUCGGUAAUUGGGCUCCAAUAGUCUUAGGUGCUGGUUAUACUAAUGGCGAAGCUUAUUUGUCAUUGAUUCCAAACCCUAACAGCAACCAAGCCGCCAAUUUCAACGUUAAGAUCGUUGCAUCCGAUGGUGCUAACGUUCAGGGCAGCUGUGCUUACGAAGGCGGCUCUUUUAUUGGAGAUGGCUCCGACGGUUGUACAGUUUCUGUCUUAUCUGGAUCUGCAGAAUUUGUUUUUUAUUGA